AACCCAUUCACAUUACGAACUCCUCAUGGCUUUCAGGCGCCCAUUGACGCUGUCCUUGGGGUCAGCGUCGCAGCUGUCAUCUGCUGCUGCUAGUGCCCGGUCCCGCGCUGCUGCCCUUCCUCGAUUCACCACUAUUCGUGCAUCGUCGAGCUCAACUUCAGCUCUUGCCUACAAGGCAUUGCACCGUCGCUCUCCUCUGCCUUUGCCCGUCUCCGAUGCUUCCCCUCAAUGGGAUGCUCCCACCGCUGUCUCCUCCAUUCUCUAUGAGACUCCCGUGGCGCCUUCUAACCCACCCAAGCGGCACAUCCUGAACUGCCUCGUGCAGAACGAGCCCGGUGUGCUGUCCCGUGUGUCUGGUAUCUUGGCCGCCCGUGGCUUCAACAUCGACAGUCUGGUUGUUUGCAACACCGAAGUUGAGGAUCUCUCGCGCAUGACCAUCGUGCUGCAGGGCCAGGAUGGUGUCGUCGAGCAGGCUCGCCGCCAGCUGGAUGACCUCGUCCCUGUCUGGGCUGUGUUGGACUACACCGACUCCGCUCUUGUGCAGCGUGAGCUUCUCUUGGCUAAGGUCUCUAUCCUUGGUCCUGAGUUCUUCGAGGAGCUUCUCCAGCACCACCGCGAGAUCACCACCUCCCCAGACUCUAUGGACCACAAGCACACCAGCCUUGACCACACCGCCCAGCAAUACCACCCCCGCCACCUUCCCCAGAGUCAAGCUCUGCGUCACAAGCACGAGCACUUGGAUGCCAUUACCCGCCUGACUCACCAGUUCGGUGGUAAGAUCCUGGAUAUCAGCACUAACAACUGCAUUGUCGAGGUCUCUGCCAAGCCUAACCGUAUCGACUCUUUCCUCAAGCUGAUCGGUCCCUUCGGUAUUCUUGAGUCCACCCGGACCGGUCUGAUGGCCCUUCCCCGCUCUCCUCUGGGUGAGCCCAGCGAGGAGAUCGAGAAGGAUGCUGCCGACGUUGUCGAUGCCAGCACCCUGCCCCCUGGCUAAGCUAUAUAUCGAAUUCCGAACUCAAAAACUUACAUACCCGAAUAGGAUUCGUUUGGUCUCUUGGCUUUGUGUAUCUUAUGGCUUUCCCGUGGAGUUGACCUAAUUUUAAAAUUGAUGGCUUAGCCAUUGUAUGUAAAAUGACAACAGUUAUUGUUUCUC